AUGCGAUUGGACUUCUCCAACCUUGCUGUCACAGCAAGCUUGCUUGCAUCUGCCACAAACUUGGUCGCCCAGGACAUACCCGUCGACCUGCCCGUGUCGACACUAUUAACAUCAGCGCAAUCGCAUCUCGCCAGGGGUGAAACCAGCGAGGCUCUUGCCUACUACGAUGCUGCCAUCGCCAAAGACCCAUCGAAUUACAUCACUCUAUUCAAGCGUGCCACCACCUAUCUCUCACUUGGCCGCUCUAACCAAGCCAGUGAGGACUUUGGCAGGGUCUUGGAGCUCAAGCCAGGAUUCGAAGGCGCGCAUAUCCAACUAGCCAAAAUAAAGGCCAAGGUUGCCGACUGGGAAGGCGCCCGAUCAGAAUACAUGGCAGCAAAGAGAAAUGAUGAAUCAACGGAGCUUGUCGAAUUGGCAGAGGCCCAGGGGGCCGCAGACCUGGCAGAGGCGGCGGAGCGGGAUAAGAAUUGGGAAGAAUGUAUCAGUCAUGCCGGCGUAGCUAUCCUCGUUGCCUCCAGAGCCCCAUCUCUACGUGAGCGGCGUUCACGAUGCAGGUUUCAGCGUGGGGAAAUUGAAGAAGGCAUGGGUGAUCUGCAUCACGUCCUCCAGCUCCGGCCAGGCAACACUGAUCCGCACAUUCUCAUAUCUGCAACAACUGUCUAUGCACUCGCGGAUUUUGACAACGCCAUUGCACAAGCCAAGAAAUGCCUGCACUCUGAUCCUGACUCCAAAAUUUGCCAAACGUUACAUAGGCAAGAGAGACGUCUUCAAAAAGCAUUUCAAAAGGUCGAGAGCCAGCUCAAUCGAGGCCAGAAUACUUUAGCCGGGCGGUCUUUAGUAGGGUCUGCAGACGAACCAGGCCUGCUUCCAAGCAUCCGUGAGCAAAUAGACAAUCUCCGACGAGAUGGUUGGAUUCCAAUGCAAGCCAGGACAAAAUUAUAUGACAGGGUGGUCGAAAUGCUUUGUCAGGCAUAUUCGGAGUCAAACCAUAAGGAUGCCUCUAAAUAUUGCGAGGAAGCAAUCGAGCUGGACCCCGAGUCAUUCUGGGGCCUCAUAUACAAGGGCAAGUCGCUCCUCAAGCGGGAAGAAUACGAUGCAGCUAUUCAGACACUCGAGAAAGCUGCCGAGAUACGACCGGACAAGAGUGAUAAGGUGCAUCCCAUCUUGCAAAAGGCGCAAAUUGCUCUAAAGCGAAGCAAGACGAAGGAUUAUUACAAGAUACUAGGUGUGGCAAAUGACGCUGAUGAAAGACAAAUUAAAGCAGCAUAUCGUAAAGCAUCUAAGCAGUAUCACCCAGACAAAGCUGAAAAGCAAGGUAUCACUAAGGAGGAAGCACAGAAGAAAAUGGGUUCUAUUAACGAGGCAUACGAGGUCCUCAUCAACCCCGAAUUACGUGCCCGAUUUGAUCAAGGGGAUGAUCCCAACUCACAGGAGAGAGGUAGUCCGUUCCAAGGAAGUCCAUUUGGUGGGGGGCACCCCUUCAUGUUUCAUCAACAAGAUGGGGGCGGUGCAAACUUCAAAUUCCACUUUCCUGGGGGAGGUGGUGGUCCAUUUGGGUUUUAA